AUGGAGGGAAAGAACCAACUACUUGGGCAGGAAGACGGCCGGGCCAUACGUGCUAAGCAGCGGCUGUAUUGGUAUCAUCGGCUGGCCGUUGCCCUGGUCGCGAUACUCUUCCUGCGCUCAACGUGGAGCUUUUUCGCUCCAAGCCCACAUCAUCAUUCCGUAGAGGAAGCAAUCCGUCGGUACGACGGCGAGAGCAUCGAGUGGAAGCUCUGCGCCACCAACAAUGGCCAUGACCUCGAGUGUGCCUCUAUCGACGUCCCCAUGGACCACUUCAACGCCGCCACCUCUGGCGACAAGACGUUUAGCAUCCCGCUCAUCCGCCUUCGUGGCAGCAAGGCCACGAGGAACCUCCUCGUCAACCCCGGCGGCCCCGGAGGCAGCGGCGUCGAGUUUGUGUUCCGGCUUGGCGGCUUCGUCAAGUCUAUCGUUGGCGACGACCUGCACAUUGUCGGCUUCGACCCCCGAGGCAUCAACGGCUCCCGGCCCGAGGCGCUCUGCUAUCCGGACGCGAUGACACGCAUGCAGCGGUCGCAGAUCUGCGUCUCCGACCACAGCCAGUUCGACCCGGAGCUGUACUCGUGGACCGAGAACUUUGUGCAGGCUUGCGCCGACACGACGGGCGCCGAGCACAUCAAGUAUGUCAACACGCCGCAGACGGCUGCCGACAUGAACAGCAUCCUCGACGCCCUCGGCCAGGACGCCAUGGUGUACUGGGGAUUCAGCUAUGGCACGGUCCUGGGCCAGACGUAUGCGUCCAUGUUUCCUGAGCGGUCAGAGCGGGUUGUCAUUGACGGCGUGGUCAACCUCUUUGACUGGUACGAGGAGAUGAUUACCUUGGAGGGGCUCGUUGAUGCCGAAAAAGCCCUGACGGGAUUCUUCGACAAGUGCAUGAAAGAGGGCGAAGCCUGUCCCUUGGCACACCUGGCAGAAGAUGCUGCAAAGCUCGAGGACAAGGUCAUGGCCGCAGUCAAUGCGCUGAAGGAGAACCCCGCAGACGUCUACCUCAGCAACACAGACUACGGUUCGCUCAUAUACGGCACGAUGCUGUCGGCCAUCUGGACGACGCUCCUCAAGCCUGCAGAGUGGUACGUGCUCGCCGACAGCCUCGCGCAGCUCGUCCAGGGCAACGCCACGGACGCGUUUGAGAGGUACGGCCUCAAGGGCUACUUUGUACCGGAGUUCUUCGACCACAACGCCAUCGUCGCCAACAACGACCACAUAACGGGCAAAGACAAUUGGCCUCAGAAGGGGGAGCUGGUCAAGUGGUUUCAGCCCUUUCUAAAUGCAUCCAUCUUUAGCACUGGGGCAGCCAGGGAGUUUUACCUGGCGUCGCAGUGGCGCUUGCCGACGACGCACAGCUUCAAGCCCAGCCGCAGGGUCGCCACCAAGCACCCGCUGCUGAUCCUCUCACAGACGUACGACCCUGCGACGCCGCUCGUGUCCGCGCGCCUGGCCAGGGACACGUUCGAGGGCUCGAGGCUCGUCGAGUGCCUGGGCGUCGGGCACUGCACCACGGCGAUUCACUCGGCGUGCUCAGCGAAGCUGGUUCGCGAGUUUCUAGUAGAUGGCACCCUCCCAGAGGAGGAUGUGCAAUGUAAGGUAGACGGCAAGUAUUUUAUUCCUCUAGAGGAGAAGGAAAAGAUCAUGCUUAGGGGCGCUAGCGAUGGGGCCUCGGACGAGGAGAGGCUUUGGGCUGCGCAGCUAGGGCUAUCAAAUGGUCUAACGCCACCGCGAUUUUAA